AUGGAGGAACCGCGCGUGCACGUGGUGGGCGUGCUGGGCGAGAGGGCGUCGCUGCCGUGUGACAUGACGCCAAACACGACGGACGACGAGGUCUCCCUGGUGCUGUGGUACAAGGACGACUCGACCACGCCCAUCUACUCGUGCGACGCGCGCCGCAGCAGCCUGUCGCAGGCGCACCACGCUCCGGCGGACUGGCUCGGUCACCGGGCCUACCUGCGGCUGGGGCCUCCCGAGGAGCCCGCCGGAGGCCAGGCGGCCCUCGAGCUGUACCCGGUGCACGAGGAGGACGAGGGCCUGUACCGCUGCCGAGUGGACUUCCGCAAGGCGCGCACCAGGAACUACGAGGUCGUGCUCAAGGUCAUCUUGCCCCCUAACGAACCAAUCAUAACCGACCAGAAUGGGGAGAUCCUUCCCGAGAAAAGCAUCAUUGGGCCGUACAACGAGGGAGACCGCCUGCUGCUGGUUUGCCAAGUCGAAGGAGGCAGUCCUCCGCCGGUGGUCACGUGGUGGCGCGAGUCGUUCCUCCUGGACGACCAGUACAACGUGACCUCUCAGGGGAUCUCGAGGAACGAGCUGCUUCUUCCCUCUCUGGGCCGCAAUGACCUCAUGGCCACCUUCACCUGCUUGGCCACCAACAACAACAUCUCCUUCCCGGUGUCCGCCAGCGUCACUGUUGACCUCAACUUCCGUCCGCUCUCGGUGUGGAUCGAGGGCGAGCAGCGGCCUCUGUCGGCGGGCAAGCCUGUGACGCUGCGCUGUCUCUCGGCCGGCUCGAGGCCCCCCGCCGUGGUCGAGUGGUGGAAGGCGGGCGUGCGAAUGAACGCCACGCAAGUGAACGGCACCAGUGCUCUCACCUUCGUCCCCGUCAGCGAGGACUCGGGCAAGCAGAUCUCGUGCCGCGCCGAGAACCCACUCAUCGCCGGAAGCGCAAUCGAAGACGGCUGGAAGCUCGAAGUGCACUACGUGCCACAGCUGAACCUUCGGCUGGGCAGCAAGCUCCGGCACCAGCACAUUCAAGAGGGCAACGACGUGUUCCUCGAGUGCGACAUCCGGGCCAGUCCGUGGGUGACGGAAAUCGGCUGGCGCUUCGAAGGCCGGGACCUUUCCACGUCGGCCGGCAUCAUCGUGAGCAACCAGUCGUUGGUGCUGCAGAAGGUCAGCCGCCGAGAACGGGGCCGAUACACAUGCACGGCCACCAACGCCGAGGGCAUGGGCGAGAGCAACGCCCUCAACCUCAGGGUCCGAUUCGCGCCGCAGUGCAAGCCCGGUCAGAAGACGGUGUACGGCGCAGCGCGGCAGGAGGCGGUGCGCGUGAGCUGCGAGCUGGAGGCCGAUCCGGCGCAGGAGCUGGCCUUCCGGUGGCGCUUCAACGCGUCGCAGCAGAUGCUCGGCUCCACCAACGUCAUGAGCGACGGCACACGCAGCUGGGCCACCGUGGUGCCGCAGACGGACGAGGACUACGGAGCGCUCUUCUGCUGGGGCAAGAACGGAAUCGGCAUACAGCGCGAGCCGUGCAUCUUCACACUCAUUCAGGCCGGACCUCCGGAUGCGGUGCAGAACUGUUCGGUGCAGAACCAGACCGAGGAGUCGGUGGCAUUGGCGUGCUCGGAGAGCUACGACGGCGGCCUGCCGCAGCGCUUCCGCCUGGAGCUGCACGACACCGCAAGGCGGUUGCUGCGCGCCAACGUCAGCGCGGCCGAGGCGCCCUCGUUCGUGGCGCGCGCUCUGCCGGCCGGCACCAGCUUCGUGGCGGCCGUGUACGCCUACAACUCGCGCGGCCGCUCGCCGCCCACCGUGCUCGUGGUCAGCACGCUGCCGGCACCCGUCAGCCUCACCCGGAAAGAAGGCGUGUGGCAGCUCAACUUCAGCCCUCUACUUGCGACGCUCGUGGCUGUCAUCGGAGGCCUCGCAGUCAUCGCCAUCGCCAUAGUGAUCGUCAUGAAGUUCAGGGACCGCCCUGACAACGAUAAAGCCCAAAAACGACUCAAGAAGGACGACAAGUGUCACAUGCCACUACAAAAGGACACCGACGACGCCAACGACAUGUAUCAUGAUGAAGAAAAAUGCCCAGACAUAAUCCCAGAUGUUCGGUUGGGAAGCACGAUCGCAGGACCCGUCUUGGAGAGCAGCUUUGGCGGCGCCACGAAAUCUUGGGAACACUUCGGCCCCAUCAGCCGAGUUUCUUACCACAAGAACCCGGAAUGGGGCUCUCCAGUCCGGGAAAAGGACACCAUCUUGUUGACACCGUUGCAAGAAUACUCCGCUUACUCGGAGAACAGCAAAGACAAGUCUGAGCUGUCAGUCGGACAGCUAACGAGUUUCAAGCCACUGGGAAACUGACUGGCCACCAGGACGCCAUAGGGAGGCCAUUCUGGCCGAAGAUGCUGCAACGACAAUCUCGUUGCGAUCGGUGCUGACGUCGUCCUGUGCUACGCGAGUGCGUCAGAGGAGUGUCUUAAUUUGCUGCUGUUAGCCAGACCCGACUUCGAUAGCGCAAAAGAACAUGACAGGGUGUGGCAGCUUGGGCUAGUUGGUAUGGCAUGACGAUAGUUAUAGCGCGAGAACAAAACGA